AUGUACACUGUAAAGCCAGGACCGGACCUGGUGGGGGCUGGCAACGUGAAGCCGCUACACCAGCAAACACACAAGCAGGUCCCUAAGGCCCAGUCUCACAUGGCUGAGAUGGCAGACAAACAGUCUCUGUAUUUAGUAGAAAACAAAAUCUAAGCAAACACAGACCAGAUAUUCAGCCAUCUAGAACUUCUAGGGAUUAUGUCCAGCAAAGAGCCCCCUAACCAAAGAAAGAACGCCACGCUUCACACGGACAGGUUAAAGUAGCACACCCAGUACCUGUAGACUGCUCUCAGAAACUUCCAGCAUCAGCGGUACACAAGGGCACAGCAGAAGACAAGACAGCAAGAGGAGCUUCUGGGUGCCACCUCCACCACUAAUGUCGACACCACCACCCUAAUGCAUGACUCACUGUGGUCUGACUCUUCCCUCCAGAAAAUUCACCAUGGCAUGGAUGGCCUCAGUGGAGUCGGACACAGUAUUCUGGAAGGACUGAGGGCCCAGAGACUGACCUUGAAGGGGACUCAGGAGAUCCCGGACACUGCCAACAUGCUGGGCUUAUCCAACAGUGACGUGGCUUUCCAGGACAGCUGUAUGAUCCGUGGGGCGUCGCUCACCCGAGUGGUCAUGUUCCUCGGGGAGCAGUACUGGAGUGAGCCAGCCACGCCCACUGGCUGA